AUGAAUAAGGGGGUCUCUUGCUCGCUGCCUCCGGGCCCGGUGGACAUAAUCCGCAGCAAGUCCCACUCCCGCCGGGUCCGGCUCAACGUCGGCGGCCUCCUGCACGAAGUCCUGUGGAGGACCCUGGACCGGCUGCCCCGCACCAGACUGGGCAAGCUGCGGGACUGCAACACGCACGACUCCGUCAUGGAGAUAUGCGACGACUACAGCUUGGACGACAACGAGUACUUUUUCGACAGGCACCCCGGCGCCUUCACCUCCAUCCUCAACUUCUACCGCACCGGCAAGCUGCACAUGAUGGAGGAGAUGUGCGCCCUGUCCUUCAGCCAGGAGCUGGACUUCUGGGGCAUCGACGAGAUCUACCUGGAGUCCUGCUGCCAGGCCAGGUACCACCAGAAGAAGGAGCAGAUGAACGAGGAGCUGAAAAGAGAGGCGGAGACCCUGAGGGACCGGGAGGGAGAAGAGUUCGACACCACGUGUUGCUCCGAGAAGAGGAAGAAACUGUGGGACCUCUUGGAGAAGCCGAGCUCUUCAUUUGCUGCCAAGAUCCUGGCCAUUGUCUCUAUCCUCUUCAUCGUGCUGUCGACCAUUGCCUUGUCCCUGAACACCCUUCCAGAGUUGCAGGACACGGACGAGUUUGGACAAGUGACUGACAACCCCCAGCUGGCCCAUGUGGAGGCUGUGUGUAUUGCCUGGUUCACUAUGGAGUACCUGCUCCGCUUCCUCUCCUCGCCGAGCAAGUGGAAGUUCUUUAAGGGGCCCCUGAACAUCAUCGACCUGCUGGCCAUCCUGCCGUACUACGUCACCAUCUUCCUUACGGAGUCAAACAAGAGUGUUCUACAGUUCCAGAAUGUUCGUCGUGUGGUCCAGAUCUUCCGCAUCAUGCGCAUCUUGCGUAUUCUGAAGCUGGCACGUCACUCCACAGGUCUCCAGUCCCUAGGCUUCACCUUAAGGCGGAGCUACAAUGAGCUAGGCCUCCUCAUCCUCUUCCUGGCCAUGGGCAUCAUGAUCUUCUCCAGCCUGGUGUUCUUUGCUGAGAAAGACGAGGAGGACACCAAGUUCAAAAGCAUUCCUGCUUCUUUCUGGUGGGCUACUAUUACUAUGACCACAGUAGGCUAUGGGGAUAUCUACCCAAAAACUCUACUGGGAAAGAUAGUGGGAGGUCUGUGCUGCAUAGCUGGAGUACUGGUCAUUGCUCUCCCCAUUCCCAUUAUUGUAAAUAACUUCUCUGAGUUCUACAAAGAGCAGAAGAGGCAGGAGAAGGCCAUCAAAAGAAGGGAGGCCCUGGAAAGGGCUAAGAGAAAUGGUAGCAUUGUCUCUAUGAACAUGAAAGAGGCAUUUGCCCGCAGUGUGGAGCUCAUGGAUGUAAUGGUGGAAAAGAAUGUAGAAAACCCAGGGAAGAAGGAGAAAGUACAUGACAACCAUGUGUCUCACGUCAACCAAAAAGGGACACCUAAACACACAACAUUUGCGACCAGUCCCAGCAGGACCCUUGAGCACAACUUUGAACAGAAAGCCAGGCCCUCCACCCCUCAAUGCCUCAGUGCACAGAAUUUGGAGGAGAUGUACAACAAGAUGGCCAAGGCCCAGUCACAACCCACCCUCAGCAGCAGAGACAAAGAGCCAGGGUCCAAAACAGCCGGACAGAGAACUGAGAUUGAGAUGGGAAGUAUCCCCACUGAAACCGCCUCAAGGACUGGGGAAGGAGUGACAGACAUGAGGAGCAUGUCCAGUAUCGACAGCUUCAUCAGUUGCGCCACAGACUUCCCGGAAAGCUCCCGUUAUUCCUACAGCUCCACGGGCAACAUGCAAGGGAGGCUCAGUGUCAACCCAAACCUUGAGACCACCCUAGAGAAUGAGCACGAGGAAUCCUAUGGCCCCACAACACCCCUGACAGGGCGAGCCUCAAAAUGUGGGUCAUUUUCUGACAGCCCCAGGAGCCUGCGCUUUGGCAACCCUCUCAAAGGCCGCUCACUUAAGGUCAAUUUCAAAGGCAAGGAGGCAGAGGUUCCUUGCUCUCCCACUUCAGGGCAGGGUGGUUCAGCAGUUGGGGCCCUCUCCGAUAGCGCCUCACUCCAAAGCCCUGAGGCAUCAGUCUACACAACUGCCAGCAGCAGGACAUCCAGCAAAAGUCCUGAGAACUUGCUGCCCAGCAUAUUCACAUUCCACGAUGCAUCCAUCAGCAAGUUCAUUGAUGCUGACACAGAUGAGGAGGAGCAUCUGCAUGAUGGUUCAGGCAACAAUCCCUCCCAGAGACUCUUGGAAAAGGCCAGUCCCAAGUUUGUUUCUCACUCCAGUUAUCAUGGAGGAGCCAACCAUAUGGAAGGCCUGCAGAGAAAGCUGGGAAAUAGCAUGCUGCCCUUAGAGGGCCUCACACUCGGCGGCCAGGAGAACCAUGUGGCUCAGGAACUGCAGCCAGUGCAGGAGGAAAAGAGUCACUCCAACAUCUAG